AUAUUAUAAUUGUACACUGCGUGCUAACAUGUGGAAGUGAAUCACUGAAUUCCUCGGAUGUUAAUAUCACAAGGAAAGAAAUUCUGAAUACGAUGUUAGAGGGGUAUGAUGCAUGGAUUUCUCCCAAUUAUGAUAGAGAAACUCUAGGAUACAAAGGUCAUCCUAUUAUUGAUGUAGUUCAGCUUUAUGUUCUCAGCAUCGAUUCCAUACGAGACGCUAAUAUGGACUAUACAAUGUCAUUCUAUUUUCGUCAACGAUGGAUUGAUCAACGUCUUGUAUACAACGCCUCGUACGGAAUUGAGGUUAUCGAGCUCGACACAAAGAUAAUGGAACGAAUAUGGGUUCCAGACAUAUAUUUUGUCAACGAAAAACAAGCAACGAUGCAUGAUGUGACUGUGCCCAACAAAAUGAUGUAUUUGUAUCCUAAUGGGCUAGUCCUCUAUAGUACAAGAAUAACUGGUGUCUUUUCCUGUAUGAUGAAUCUACAAAAAUAUCCUCUUGAUCGACAAAUAUGUAGCCUUAGAUUAGAAAGCUAUGCACACAGUGCAAAAAAUAUUGUUGUUCGGUGGAGGACGCCAGCGGUAGAAUUUUCCCCAUCUCUUCUUCUUCCACAGUUUGAAAUUGAAAAAAAUCACCCAUCAAUUUGUGAUACCUUGUAUAUGGGAAUUAAUUACUCUUGUGUUGCACUUGAUAUUCACCUGAAACGGAAUCAUGGCUACUACGUAACUCAGAUAUAUGUCCCUAGUGCUUUAGUAGUGGUCCUAUCGUGGGUCAACUUCUGGUUAACAGUCGAUGCAGUGCCUGCCCGAAUUUCCCUCGGUCUUUUAACCGUGCUCACUAUGACGACACAAAGCACGUCAUUUUUCUCAAAUCUACAAAAGGUGUCUUAUAUUAAGGCCUUAGACGUGUGGUUGGCUGUGUGUAUGAUGUUUGUGUUUUCAGCGUUAUUAGAAUUUGCUUAUGUGAAUGUAACGUUUCGAGUAACAAACAGAAGGAAGUCUAUACAGGAUCUUCCGAUGUUCGUUCAUACAAAUGGCGACUGUAAAACGGAUUCUGUGUUUUCUGUAGGUGGACCUGAUAACGAUGUUGUUAAGCGGCAACAUCAAAAUCAGAAUCAACCGAAUACAAGUAGACAGAAAAAAGCUGGACUUCUUGGAAGUUUGUAUUCAAAAGAGCGAGAAAAGGCUCGUAAUAUUGACCGUAUUUCACGAAUUCUGUUUCCAGUAGCUUUUCUGGCAUUUAACAUUGCUUACUGGUGCGUGUAUUUAUUAUGGGAACCCACGCAGGAAUCAGGUAGCUCCUGAUGUCUGCCAAGAUACGUACUAGUAUUUGCCAUUUAAAAUAUAUCUGAAUAUCUGUAUUUAUCUGGUCCUGUUACAUUUUUCCGAUACAGAACAUGAUGGUGAAAUUGCAGUAUUUACAUGCAUCAUUGUAUUUACUUAUUAUAACGUAUUUAAAACAUGAGGCAAUAUCAAAUUAACUCUCCUUGCAUAUCUAUUCAUGUAUAUACAAUUUUGAUAUUGAAUUACAAUUUUGAGGGGUUUUUGAUAAAAUAUAAACGCUGCUGAACUAAGAAAAAAAACCCAGCAAUUUUCAUAGAACCAACUUCUAACAUACGCAUUGUUUGAAUUUCACUGUAACAUGUGUACAAACUUUCUCAGAGGAACAACUGAAAGAAGGUAAAUGAAGGUGAAUAAAUCAAUAGAUAAUACAUUUCAGAAAGUUACAGAAAGUUACAGGUAUACUAGUAUGUGUUUAUAUAAAACAGAUCACACCUUUAACAUUCCCUGUGCCACAAAAUCUUGCGUAUUUUCAAUCAAAUUAUC